CAGUGAUAAAAGGGUGGAGAUCCCACCUCCUCUCGCUUCUCUUCUGAUGAAAGACUAGCGCCCUCAGGAAAGAGCCCCGCAGCGCCUGCCGCCUAACCCCGCCCACCCGAGAGCCACUGCCAAGCACUGCUCGAGGCGGGAGCCGCUCGCCCAAUGGCGGAGAGGCGCGUCCCGCCCAUGGCCCCGCCCCGCCCCUCCGUUGGAAAGCGCGCAUAGGCUGUUGGUGCUGUUGUCGGGUCCCGCCGACCUGUGCGGCAGUACCCUCGUCCAACUACGUUGUCACUUGUCCGCCUCGAAGCCGAACUGUCACCUGUGACCCUGGCAUGGGUUCGGGCCCCCUGCAGCCAGCCAUGAGAGGCUUCCCAGCCUGAUGGAGCCCUUGCCUGCCGUCCCCCACGCGCCCUCGGUCGAAGGCCGUCGUUGCCCUCGGGUCUUACCGCUCCCCCCACACCGUGUACCUCCAGAGUGGCUUCUUGUGAAGCAAGCGAGGGAGACCGUUCUCCAUAAAACUGCUUUGUACCUGCCGUUAUCCUUCUCAUAUCGCCCGGCACAGUGUUUUGCUAUACUUAGGAAUAAAGGUGCCUCCUCCAGCUCCUCUAAGUUUUGCCACUGCAGAGGAAUCCCAGGUCCAGCUGGUCAUGCACAAGGCAUCGAGCCCUGUCGCUCAACAGCCUGAUCGAAACAUCUUGUCAUAUGCACUCCUUGCUUUGGCAUGGAGGGAAGCAGAUCAGAAACUUCUGCAGCCGAAGCGAGCGAGGAAAUAAUUUAUACUUCUGUCAAAUUCUCUCAGACUCCUCUGUCAAGGGCCAAAGCUGGACGGGAAAGGAGAGGUAAGGAAGCUGGACAAGCUCCUUGUCUGUGGCCAGCAGUUGUGCUGGGCUUGGCUAUAGGCUUUGGGAUACUGAGCAUCUCCCUAGCGAUUGCUUUGACUUGGAAGAUGAGUGACUCCCACUCACGCUGCCCUGAGCAGUGGAUAGCCUACAGAUGGAGCUGCUACACCUUCUCCAAGGAGAAGAAGGACUGGCACUCCAGCCAGAAAUCCUGCUGGGCACAGGGAGCUGAUCUCCUGGUGAUCAGCGAUACCAGUGAAAUGGACCUGUUCAAGAGUAUUCAAACAGGGUGUUUCUGGAUUGGACUGAGGAACAGCACAGGCUCUGGCUGGAUUUGGGAAGAUGGCUCUGUAUUCAGUGGCACCAAGGUCCUCUCUAACAGCCCAGUGCAACACUGUGUUGUCCUGAUGAAAGAUCACUUUCAGGCCUCCAGCUGUGAAUACUCUGCUCCAUGGAUCUGUGAGAAAUCUCUUAGAUGAACCCCACGUGCAUUUUCAUCUCAUAGCCAUCUCGUCAGUGGUACAAGUGGAUCAUUGUCCUACAAACCAAAGCUCUAUACAAGACCAAGGACUUGCCCUUUCCACAGCCUCACAAAGGUGUUUUGCAGGGACAGGUUUGCUGCCCAGGAGGGUGAUUUAUCCUCAGUAAUAGCUCAGUCCACAUCUGUUGGGUUACUGGUUUUUUUGUGACCACAUGAGACCUGGGACAUAUUCCCUGCCCUCCCUAGUCUUUCCGUGUUUGUCCUAUAAGGGCAAACAAAAAUUCUGUCACAACAAAUGCUGGGUCUUCAGAUCUUUGAGGGUAAGCUGGCCAUUUUCCUCCAUUCCUGAGCCUCAGAUUGCAUUUCCAUUCCCUGCGCCUCCAUUGUCUGGUGCCAGCAGGACCGGGAAAACGAAGCCCGCUGUUCACUGCCAGAAACAGAUCCCAGUGGCAGGCCCUCUUUUUGCAUCCCAGUGCUAUGGGUGAGGGAGAAGGGGGUGAGACGAGACUACAGCUUCUGUAAAUCCAGCAGUGAAAAUAAACCUCCAAUACUGCACUGGA